AUGGAUGUCUCUUCUUCUUCUUCCUCCUCGUCCUAGUCGGAUUUACUCCCGGAGCUUAUCGACGCUGUAUUCCACAGCCUAAACAAUGCCAGAAACAACCUUUAAGCCUCUCCUUCUUCCUCCUCUUCUUGGAGAUAUUCUUCUUCCGCCGUCUACAGUCGCAACUUCGUUCCUUUUCUCUUUGUUUCUCAUCCCUCUCCCGACGAAGAAACUCGAUUCUCCGAUCAGUUUAGGAUUCUGUCUCCGGGAAAAUUGGACUUCUCAGGGAAUAACCAGAGAUGGGUUGUUUGCGGUGGCACGCGAGGGUUUUUGUUAACUGUCAAUCUUUCUUUCCCGUUUGAGGUAAUUUUACAGAACCCUUUUACCAACACCGUUGUUUCUCUGCCACCAUUGAUAUCUUUCGAGGACGUUCAACGGUUGCUUCAACCCCAAGCAAUCUUUCUUGACCCUGAAACCCUAAAGAACUUUGUCAAGAAAGCAGUCUCUUCGACUAGUUUAUUAGAUCCUGAUUGUGUCGUGCUCGUGAUCUACAACACCGUUGGGAAACUAGCCUUCUGCAGACGCGGAGAUAAACAGUGGACUGAUUUGGAGUCUGGUCACGUUGCUUCUUCUGUUGACGACAUUGUGUUCUGCAAUGGCGUCUUCUUCGCCAUCGACAGGAUUGGAGGGAUAUAUCACUGCGAGCUUAACCCUAACAAUCCAAAGGCUAUUCCUUUAUGCAGUGCCUCGCCGUUUCGUCACGACCCUUGUAAGAAGUUUUUUGCAGAGUCGGAUUACGGCGAGCUCUGGGUGGUUUUAAAGAAGCUAGAGCUUGACGACGAUUCUGAUUUCACAACCUAUUUCGAGAUUUACGAGUUCUGUUCAGAGACGAAAGAGUGGACGAUGGUGAGAAGCUUGAGAGGAAAAGCUUUGUUCUUGAGCCCUCAAGGUAGAUGUAUAGCGGUUUUAGCAGGUGAAACCGGAUCUAAAAGAUUCAUCAAAGACAAUUCCGUUUAUUUCGUCGAUGGAAACGAAGAAGGGUCGCUGAAUCUGGGCGUUUUUGAAUGGGAGAGUAAGCAAAUCAAGAAGCUUUACCAGCCAAGAUCUUGGAAUUGUCAUAUGUUUUGGGUCACACCUACAGAUGUUCUUCGACGAUAA